AUGAAGCACCUCGCAGCUUACCUCCUCAUCGCCCUUGCCGGCAACGCGACCCCCUCUGCCGACGAUGUUAAGGGUGUCCUCUCCUCCGUCGGUGUCGACGCCGACGAGGAGCGUCUCCAGAAGCUCAUCUCUGAGCUCGAGGGCAAGGACAUCAACGAGGGUACUGAGAAGCUUGCUUCCGUUCCCUCUGGCGGUGCCGGCGCUGCCGCUGCCCCCGCCGCCGGUGGUGCUGGUGAGGCCGCUCCUGCUGAGAAGAAGGAGGAGGAGCCCGCUGAGGAGUCCGAUGACGACAUGGGCUUGGGUCUCUUCGACUAA